AUGAUAUAUGAUCAAUUAAAUUUAAAUAGUUACCGACGAGUCGGUAAUCUAAUAGUGCUGGCGCCGGAGGGAAAGACCAAAUCGGUGAGAGUCGAACAAAAUUGCGCCUCAAAAAGUAUAGUAGUUGAACUGCAGAGCGACGGCGCAUUUUUAGAUCCAAUUUGUUACACCUUUUCUACGUUUAUCGGCUUUAGACUUUUGUAAAGGGAUAAUAGUAUUAUCCCUUUACAAAAGCCGACAUGAAGUCAUGGUAUUAAAUACCAUGACUUCAUAAUAUCAUUUCUGUUUGUACGAGGUUCACAUGUUGAUUCUUGCUGACAUUGCUCGUAGUUCCUCUUCAGUUCUGAGCUGUAUGGCGGAGUAUAGAGACAAUUACUAAAGUAAGUAAACUUCUCAUAUUGAGAUCUUGAUUCGGUUUUCGUUUUGAGUGUUUAUCCGGGUUAUUUCUUUGAGCGGUAUCUUCAGAUCCUGCAGACGAGCAACACUGAUGGUACAGAGUAUAACUUUUUCAGGAAGGAAACUUCUUCCUCUCGACGUACCCGAUACAUUUAGCAUAGUUGCGUAGUGCUGCACAGACCUGACGACAGAGGAGGUGCAAAGUGAAGACUUUGCUUUUGCGACAAUAUCGUUCUUACCAAAACAUUUUUGCAUCAAGAACAUAAGAAACCACGACUCGAAGAAUUUAAGUACUUAUCAAGAACGCUUGUUCACAGAUAUUAGAAGAGUAAGCGCUUUUGUUGAAGGUCCUUUUCAAGACUUGACUUUCA